GUGGGCAAACUUUCAGUUCCAGCAAAGGAUUUCGAGGCCCCGGCCUUGGUGUUCAGGUCCUACCCUCAGUUGCAGAAGGGCGCAUUUCAAGCCAAGGGGAAGUACAUCAUCACGUCUCCCGUCAGCCUGAGCCAAGGGGGGAGUUACGGGGGGUGCUGCUGGGAGAGUCCACGGGAGACGGACGGCCGAUCAGGGGGGUCCGGGUUCUUCUGGGAAAAUCUCGGGUCCGAGGUAAUCGGAGUUUGCGUCGGGGGCUCAGUCGGGCCGAACGACUCAGGUCUAGAGACUAAUCUCACUAUGGGGUCUGGCAUCGGGCGGCGCCUCCGACGCCGCGCUGAGCAGCGCGUGUACCUCGGGGAUCACCAGGGCUCUGAGUUCCAGGACGAGACGUUUCAGGACCAGGGGAGGCUCGACAGCGCGGGGCUGGAGGUGGCCGACACGGGCCAUGAUCUCGACAUCUAUCUCAUCUACCUCCCCGGCCCUCGGGAGCGUCCUCGCACGAUGACCGACCGGAUGCAGAAUCAGCAGGAGUCGGCCUGGGUGUAUGGAGCGACCGUGACGUAUGUGCCGGACAACCUCAGCAAGGCCGAGAAGGGAUGGGCCUGUUUGGCAGGAUGCGUGCUCUACUGGGCCGGGCGCAUGGCGGAAGAGUUUGGCACGAUGUGCCGCACCAGGCGCCUUUGGCCGACCAACUUGCCCAAGUCGCUUCGUCGUCUUCCGGAGGCGUGCGAGACGUGUUGGCGCCCUCCUACGCUCGUGGGCGAUGCUGCCAACGCAUCGGGCAAGUGGUUCGUGUGCAGCGGGUGCGCGAUGAGGGUCGCGUGCCAGGAGCUGAAGCCUACCGAGGGGACCGUCAAUGAGCAGAGAAUGUGCCUGUGCAAGAGGAAGGGCGCGGCCUGCACGCUGUGCGGACAGGGCUGGUCCCAGGCGGGCAUCGAUCCGCAGUGGCAGGCCUUGGUGAGCGUGCCCGAGCCGCCUCCCAGGGCCGACAGGGCUCCGAUGCCUCUCCAUCCCGGCAUGGUGGCUGGGGGGCUGGCAAGCGGCUCGUUCCUGGAGGCGCCUCAACAGUCGGGAUGUCGGCGGGUGGCGGAGGACGCGGCGAGGGUAACCGAGCCUUUGCAGAAGGACCGGGCGGAGCAGAGGUCUGCAGCCGCAGCCGCUCGCAGGGGAUCAUCGGUGAAGCGCCGGCAGGAGAGCGACCUGGAGGCCAUGGACACUGACGUGCGAGAGCUACAGGCCAAGACCGAGAAGGACGUGAGGGACAUGGUCGAGCGCCAGUUCGGGGAGUUGAAGACCAUGAUGCAGGGCGUGAUGGCUUCGCAGGCGUCGCAGCAGGAGGGGCUCGAGCGAGCCGCGAACGCCGUCACGGAGCAGAUGGCGGCGAUUGCGACGGCACAGGGCCAAGCACAGGAGGCCAGCCGACUGAUCAAGGCUAUCGCGCAGGGCAGCCCGAGCAGCAAGGCAGACCCAGUCGGGGUCAAAGCCGCUGCAGUCGACUCAACCCCCGAGACGGAGGUCAAAUCGCCACCGGCGCAGGCGACGCCACAGCAGGCGCCGCAGGCGGGAUAUCCUUCGUCAUCGGGCCAGCGGAUGACAGAGCCGCAGCCCCAGAGUUCCCUGCCUCUGGCGGCGGGGGCACCACCGGGAGUGAUCCCAUCGCAGUGGGUAUGCAUCGGGGCGGCACCUCUCGACGGCAAGAGCGUGCCACCGGCGAUGGCCUCCCAGGCGUUGCUGCGCGAGCAGGCAGCGAUCAACGCGGGAGCGCCUCAGUCGACGAUGCCGCCAGCGCUGGGAGGGUACCCGACGUAUGGACCAUCGGUCCAUCCGAUGGUGGCGAAUGCAGCGCCACCUCGCAACCCGAGCCGCCUCUACACUGCGGACCAGGUGGCGAUCGGCUUGACGGCGGCGCUGACCACGGACGCCAGCAUCUCGCUCCCGGUGACGGACGUGUCAGCUCCACAGACAGCGCCGGGCCCCUAUGCCAAGAGCAAGGCCCCACCGUCGAAGAGGCAGGACCGCGAGGACCCGUGGGCCCCGGGACCAGAGCAGGAGGCCGCCGAGAAGAG